AUGUUAGGCUUUGGGAAGAAACCCGACACUAACGCUUCUGAUGAAGUUCACCACAACGAUGAAGCACACACGUCGCAAGAUGAUAUCCCUCAACGACCUUGGACUGAAACUGCCCUCCCCGUGUUCGCUUGUGGUGCCGGUCUUUUCUCAGACGGCUAUAUCAACAAUGUGAUCGGUUCCGUCAACACCACACUGAGAAGGCAAUACGGAGAUGUCUACGUCAACUCGAAUGCCUUCAAAUAUGUGUCCGAUAUUGCCUUUGCAGGCACUGUUGUUGGCCAACUAGUUUUCGGUUUCCUUGCUGAUCAUUGGUCGCGCACCAACACGCUCAUGGUGUCUACUGUUAUUCUUAUCAUCUUCACUGCCUUGGCAGCUGGAUCGUACUGGCAUGGACAACCCGUUGGAAUGUUCAACAUGCUUACCGCCUGGCGAUUCUUUGUUGGUAUUGGAAUCGGAGGUGAAUACCCAGCAGGUAGCGUUGGAUGCGCAGAGUCUAGUGGUCAAAUGAAGAAAGGCACCAGAAACAGAUGGUUCAUUCUCUUCACAAACUCAAUGAUUGACUUUGGCUUUGUCAUUGGCGCCUUCGUCCCUUAUGUCGUUGCCGCUGCAGCUCACAAUGCCAACUUCGGCACUAUUUGGAGAACAAGUCUUGGUAUUGGAGUUAUAUUCCCUCUUGUGCUAUUCAUCCUACGACUGAGGCUCAAGGAGCCUGAAGAAUUUACAAAGCAGUCGAUGAGGCGUCAAACACCGUACUGGUUGGUCUUGCGGUACUACUGGUUCAGACUCCUCAGUGUCAGCAUGGUAUGGUUCCUCUACAACUUUUCUUCAUACGCUUUUGGCAUAUACUCUUCCUCUAUUCUCUCCGGAAUCUAUGGCGACGAUGCACCCCUUACAACCGUCUUCGGCUGGAACACUGUCGUCAACAUGUUUUAUCUUCCAGGUACCUUGAUCGGUGCUUUUGUCAGUGACUGGAUUGGCCCCCGAUAUACUCUCAUCCUCGGUGUAACACUUCAGGCCAUUGUUGGUUUCAUCAUGGCUGGCGUUUAUGAUAAGAUUUCGAGCCAGGUCGCUGCAUUCGCAGUCGUGUUCGGCAUUUUCCAAGCUCUUGGUGAGCUGGGACCAGGAAACAACAUCGGUCUCCUGGCAGCAAAGACAUGUGCCACUGGAGUGCGAGGCCGAUAUUACGGCAUCGCUGCCGCAGUUGGUAAAAUUGGCGCUUUUGUUGGAACAUACGUGUUUCCGUACAUCCAGGCUGCCGGAGGAAACAAAACACAAAGCGCACAGUAUCCCUUCUGGGUGUCAUCCAGUCUUUGCAUUCUUUCCGCACUGAUUGUCUUUUUCUGCAUCCCGCAUAUCGGCCAAGAUACAAUCACCGUUGAAGACCAAAAGUUUCGCGAAUAUUUACAAAGACAGGGCUGGGACACGGCUCAAAUGGGCCUCGAUACGACUGAUAUCGAAGGCAGGGUAGCCAGUGACUCCAAGACUGAGGACAAGUGA